GUGGUGCCAGCAUCCCUUCGUGCAAAAGUGCUGAGACAGUUCCAUCUUGGUCAUCCUGGGAUUAAACGAAUGAAGUCCAUAGCCAGGAGUUAUGCAUACUGGCCUCACAUGGAUCAACAUGUCACAGCGUUGGUUGAAAAAUGCAUCCGGUGUCAGCAGGCGGCAAAGAUGAAUGCCAAAAUUCCGCCGGUUUCAUGGCCCAAACCUGAGCAUCCUUGGUCCAGGAUACAUGUCGACUUCGCGGGCCCAAUAAAUGGAACUAUGUAUUUAAUUGUCGUCGACGCCUUUUCUAAAUGGCCGGAAAUCAGCCCCGUUACGCCGCCCACUACAACUAAGACUAUACAGCUCCUAACUGAAAUUUUCUCACGGAAUGGCAUACCAGAUGUGAUCGUAUCCGACAAUGGCUCUCAAUUCACCUCUUCCCAAUUCCAGAAUUUCUGUCAACGGCUAGCUAUUAAACACUUACGCUCGCCACCAUACCACCCGCAAUCGAAUGGGCAGGCGGAAAGGUUUGUGGAUACGUUUAAAAGAGCACUGCUCAAGUCAAAAGGGGAGGGGACGCCAGCCGAAACGUUACAAAAUUUCUUGUACGUCUAUCGGACAACACCAAAUGAAUUGUUACCGGAGCAAAAGUCCCCAGCUGAAAUCCUGAUGGGAAGAAGAUUGAAAACGAUUCACAGCCUGAUGCAUCCGACCAAUGCACCCUCAUCAGUAGAGACAAAGCAGCAAAGACAAUCCGCUUACGAAGUAGGAUGCCCUGUGUUUGCCCGCGACUACAGAACGAACCAUGGUCCUUGGGUAGAAGCGAGAGUGGUCAGAAGGGUUGGUCGAGUUAUGUACGAAGUAGAGGUAGGAGGUGAUAAAUGGUCACGUCAUCGGAAUCAGAUACGCAGACGGCUAGCCCCAGAUCGCCCAUCAAGAGCAGAAAGCCUUCCCCUUGACAUCUUGCUUGAUACCUUCAACCUACCGAGAGCCCCGCCACGAGAAGAAACUCAGCAGCAAGCUGUUCUUCGUUCCCGAAGGUAUCCCCUCAGACAGCGGCGAACAAUAGUCAAGAUGCAAGUCGACCCCAGGAGAACAAGCUAUUAAAAAGGGGAGGAGUGUUGGGGAUGUUAGAUCCCCAAAAUUCGCUUGAUAAUGCCGUAUUUUGGUUUUCACGUUUCGCCAGCAUGGGCUGAUCAAAUGACCUUGAGAUUUCAAUUCCCACCAGGAAAAUCCAUGGCUGUGAUUGGCUGCUGUGUAUUUUAGU